AUGGAAGGGAGAGGACCAUACCGGAUCUACGACCCUGGGGGCGGCGUGCCUCUGGGAGAGGCGUCCGCAGCUUUUGAGCGCCUAGUGGAGGAGAAUUCCCGACUGAAGGAAAAAAUGCAAGGGAUAAAGAUGUUAGGGGAACUUUUGGAAGAGUCCCAGAUGGAAGCAUCCAGGCUGCGGCAGAAGGCAGAGGAGCUGGUCAAGGACAGUGAGCCACUCCCACCGCCAUCUCCCUCUUUGGCCUCCUUCAGUGACCUGGCUGAGCUCGCAGGAAAGGACACAGCUGUCCCAGCAACCCCUGCUGACCCGGCACACCCAAGUGACAAGCCAGAGCCAGUCCCCAAACCUCCAUCCAGUAACACCUCCUCUGAAUUUGAACUGGUCCCCGCCGAGGGGCCUUCUUCACCGGAGAGCAGCGGCCACACCAGAAAUACGAUGGAGCUGGGCCCCCUGCCCCAGGAGGACAGCAACCUGAUGCUGCACCUGCAGCGCCUGGAGACCACCCUGAGCGUGUGCGCCGAGGAGCCCGACCACAGCCAGCUCUUCACGCAUCUGGGCCGCAUGGCCCUCGAGUUCAACCGGCUGGCCUCCAAGGUGCACAAGAACGAGCAGCGUACCUCCAUCCUACAGACGCUCUGUGAGCAGCUUCGGAAAGAGAAUGAGGCCCUGAAGUCCAAGCUUGAUAAGGGCCUGGAACAGCGGGAUCAGGCUGCUGAGAGGCUGCGGGAGGAAAACCUGGAACUUAGGAAGUUGUUGAUGAGCAGCAGUAAAGAUGGUACCUCUGGGCGGCCAGGCUCACCAAAGAUGGAAGGCGCAGGCAAGAAGGGGGCGGCGACACUGCAGCAGGCUGGUGUGACGACAGGUAAAACCCCAGAGCUGGGGGCCCUGGGUGCGGCUGAGAAGAAGGUGAGGCUGCUGGAACAGCAGCGCGCAGAGCUGCUGGAAGUGAACAAGCAAUGGGACCAGCAUUUCCGGUCCAUGAAGCAGCAGUAUGAGCAGAAGAUAACGGAGUUGCGACAGAAGCUGGCAGACCUGCAGAAGCAGGUGACCGACCUGGAGGCCGAGCAGGAGCAGAAGCAGCGCGACUUUGACCGCAAGCUGCUCCUGGCCAAGUCCAAGAUAGAAAUGGAGGAGGCAAGUGUCACUACCGACAGGGAGCACCUGACCGCAGAGGCCAAGGAGCUGCGCCAGAAGGUCAAGUACCUGCAGGACCAGCUGAGCCCCCUCACCCGGCAGCGGGAGUACCAGGAAAAGGAAAUCCAGCGGCUCAACAAGGCCCUGGAGGAAGCACUGAGCAUUCAGGCCUCCCCGUCCUCUCCAACAGCAUUUGGGAGCCCAGAAGGAGCUGGAGGCCUGCUAAGGAAACAGGAGCUGCUCACGCAGAACGAAUUGCUGAAACAGCAGGUGAAGAUCUUUGAGGAGGACUUCCAGAGGGAGCGUAGUGACCGGGAGCGCAUGAAUGAGGAGAAGGAAGAGCUAAAGAAGCAGGUGGAGAAACUGCAAGCCCAGGUCACCCUGUCCCACGCCCAGCUAAAAGCCUUCAAAGAUGAGGAAAAGGCGAAAGAUGCCCUGAGACAGCAGAAGAGGAAAGCAAAGACCUCAGCAGACCGCUACCACCUGGAGCCCCACCCAGAGCACCUCUGCGGGGCCUGCCCCUACGCCUACCCGCCCAUGCCCCCCAUUGGGCCGCACCCUGGCUUUGAGGACUGGUCCCAGAUCCGCUACCCCCCACCCCCCACGGCCAUGGAGCACCCGCCCCCACUUCCCAACUCACGCCUCUUCCGUCUGCCAGAAUAUACCUGGCGGCUGCCCUGUGGAGGGGUACGUAAUCAGAGCUCCCAAGUGAUGGACUUACCUACUGCCAGGCCUACGGAACCAGAGUCCACCAAAAAUGACCGUGAAGGACCUCAGUGA